CUCGGAGAAACACUAACCCAGCACGCAGGACGAACAGUGCAGAUGGCUACGGCGAGCAGCGCGGUGACAACGUUCCUCCCGACGGCGUCGGACGAGGCGACGCUGCGGCCGUCGUUCGUGCGGGAGGAGGACGAGCGGCCCAAGGUGGCGCACGACAGCUUCAGCGACGAGGUGCCGGUGGUGUCGCUCGAGGGCAUCGGCGGCGCGCGGCGGGCCGAGAUCCGCGCGCGCGUGGCCGCCGCGGCCGAGGACUGGGGCAUCUUCCAGGUGGUGGACCACGGCGUGGACGCCUCCCUCCUGGCCGACAUGUCGCGCCUGGCGCGCGAGUUCUUCGCGCUGCCGCCCGAGGAGAAGCUCCGGUUUGACAUGUCCGGCGGCAAGAAGGGCGGAUUCAUUGUCUCCAGCCAUCUCCAGGGGGAGGCGGUGCAGGACUGGCGUGAGAUCGUGACAUACUUCUCGUACCCCGUCAAGGCCCGUGACCACUCGCGGUGGCCCGACAAGCCGACGGCGUGGCGUGCGGUGGUGGAGCUGUACAGUGAACGGCUGAUGAGCCUGGCCUGCAAGCUCCUGGGCGUGCUGUCCGAAGCGAUGGGCCUUGAGACGGACGCGCUCGCCGAGGCCUGCGUCGACAUGGACCAGAAGGUGGUGGUCAACUUCUACCCCAAGUGCCCGCAGCCGGACCUCACGCUGGGCCUCAAGCGGCACACCGACCCCGGCACCAUCACGCUGCUGCUGCAGGACCUCGUCGGCGGCCUCCAGGCCACCCGCGACGGCGGGCGGACGUGGAUCACCGUGCAGCCCAUCGGGGGAGCGUUCGUCGUCAACCUCGGCGACCACGGCCACUUCUUGAGCAACGGCAGGUUCAAGAACGCCGACCACCAGGCGGUGGUGAACUCGGAGUGCGGCCGGCUGUCGAUCGCGACGUUCCAGAACCCGGCGCCCGACGCGACGGUGUACCCGCUGGCCGUGCGGGAGGGCGAGGCGCCCAUACUGGACGAGCCCAUCACGUUCGCGGAGAUGUACAGGCGCAAGAUGGCGCGCGACCUCGAGCUCGCCAAGCUCAAGAAGCAGGCCAAGGCCGAGAAGGAGCUGCAGCUGCAGCAGAGUGCCAAGGAGUUCGCGGUGCCGAAGACCAAGUCUCUCGACGAGAUUCUUGCCUGA